GAAAAAAAAAGUUAUCCAAAGUUAUCCAAGUGAAUAUGAAAAUCACAUAUUGAAUCAACUUUUAAUUUAUUUUUCUUGUAAAAAGCGUAUUCUUUUACUGUUCACUUGUUUCAUCUUCCGUGUUGCGAUCAUCAUCAUCAUCAACUUGAAAGGUUCGAGUUUUUUGUUUUUUUGCGAUUUUUUCUUCUUCUUCAUUGUACAUGCUCAUUUUAGGCAAUUUGGCCCUUUUGUAUUGUACAAAAGUCUUCAAUGGGAAAAAAGGUCUUUUACCAAUGUGAGCAUUCUCGGUGAACUUGAAGGGAGACACAUUUUGUUUGCAUCUUUAUUUUGGAUUCACUUUUUAUCCCCAGUUGAUCAUCAUACUUCGGUAUGUCUAUUUCACAUGAGAUUAACCAUUGUUACUCUUAUAAUCAUCACUUUUACCUGUACCAUCAGUGUGUCUACCAAUGUGUACUUAUUGUGAUCACUUCAAUGGUAACUAGUGCAUUCGCAGCUUCGGAUAAUGUUUACCAUUUACCACAUUUACUUGCUUCCUCUUCACCUUCAUCUUCACUAUUAAACUCGAUUUCAUCGACUUCUUCUUUUCGCAAUAACAACCAUGACAGGUCAGGUUCAAGCGGACUUAAUAACCAACGUGCCAAAUGUGAGACUACCUUGAAUACCUGUUCUCGUGAAAUGCGCUGUGCAAUGGCCUUACAAGACUAUCGUACUAGUUGUUCCCAUUUGCUAAACAAUAAAACUCGAACUUGUACAGAAAGUUGCCGGUUGGCUUUGAUAUCAUUGAAUAGUUUACCCGAAGGAUAUGAUUAUCUAAACUGUGAUUGUGGUGAUAACGACUUUUGCCGUAAAGUUAGACGUCGAACCAGUGUGUGCCAUUUAAGGUUCAACAAUCACUUAACCUCACCCUCUGCACCAUCUUCAUCGUCCACCUCUGGGUCCACACUUCACGGAAUAAAUUUUCCUUUAGACUCGAUUCCACCCGCAUCACCUUCAACACAUUCAAACCGAGGACAAGGCACCCUUGGGUCACCCUUUUCCUCUCCAUCAGCCUCUUCAUUAGACAGUCAUCACAGGUACAAGGGUAAACAGUCUCAUCACGGAUCCAUCGUCUUGUGUUCAACCGCAGAGGCUCGAUGUAAAGAGGAUGAAACUUGCUCAGAGGCUUGGGAGUUUUUCCAGGUUCACUGUGAAAAAGUUUUCACUGGAACUGAAUGUACCAAAAGUUGUAACAAUAGUUUAAACAUUUUAUACCGUCAAAGAGCAGCCCAUCAUUUGGACAGUUGCAUUUGUUCAGAAAAUUCAAUUCCAUUCUCAUCAAGAUCACCAACACCUUUUACAUUAACAAUACCCACCUUUUCAUCUUCCUCCUCUUCCUCCUCAUCCUCAUCCUCUUCCUCAUCAUCAACAAAUAGCUUCAAUGAAUGGUCAUGUAAACGUCGUAAAGCAAAUAUCAAACGCCUCUGUUUCGGCUAUUCAUCACCUUCAGCAUUAAGUGGAAUCGCUUCCCAGUCAAACUCACUUCACCAUUCAAUAACCCUUUAUCAACUCCUUACCCUUCAAUUCAUCCCAAUUGUUUCCCUAAUUAUUCUAAAUACUAUUCUCUCUGUUAAAUAAACUUUUCUUUUGCAAAUAAAUUUCCAAAAUUAGUCACCAAAA